GAAACCACUUCUAAAAUGGCUGCCUUUGCCUCCCUCCUGUUCGCCGGACUAUCGGUCUCUCUUAUCCCUGGGACUGUCCCCCAGUGUUGUCCACCCCUCCAGUUCCAGACCUACCUCGACACAUUAGUGUCUUUAUCAAGUCUCAACGAUAAAAGAUUUAAAACAAUGAUGUAUUCUUAUGAUGCGAAGUCUCGGAGAACAGCAACACAUGUCGUGACUGAAUCCAAAGAAGACGAAUACGACCGAAUAGAUGAUUAUGCAGCUAAUAAGUCCUACGAAUGGGCUAAAGGAGUUUGUUAUGUUUCAGCGACGGGUCCAUAUAACCAAACCUGUAUCCCAGCUAGAGCCAAAUUAGUCAGGCAAUCAUUUAUGGGUGUAUCACCUAACACAAUUAAAGUGGAUACGUACAUGUUCAUGGUUGGCAGUUUGACAAGACUCCUCACCGUAGGACCAAAAUGUACCCCAGUAGAAUAUGUUCAAGCCACCUCUGAGAUCCCCCAACCUGAUGGCCAAUAUAUGUGGAUUUUCUACAACACGACAAUGGGAAUUAAAGAUGCUUCCAUCUUUACACCACCCAAAAUCUGUUUUAAAACGGGAACAAGAGUGGAGAAAAGACCAGAUGCUUUACCUCAUCUUACACCUUUUUAGAAACAGAAAGUCAUAAAGCAUAUUCCAGAAUUGACGACCAGAAUAAUAAUUAUCUGAGGAGAGA